UGGGGCCAGCGCACAGCCCUGGAUGGAACAGGGUGGGUGUUACAUAAAGGCUACAUGACCAGUUGCCACCCCUGGCUUGGCUUCCUGGAGGACGUUUGUAUGAGGAGGGCCAGGACGACUCCCGCCACACUGCGCUCUCCUACAAAACAUGACGUCUCUGAAUCUUAACGGGGGCUCUGCUCCCCACCCCACUCCCGCCUUGGGGAGCCUGGCCCGGCCUGGUACGUCUCUCUGUCUGUCCCCUCAAGAGCACAGCCUGGCUUGUGUCAUGGGCCACACAACUCUUCCAUUAUGCAUGAGGGGGACCCAGCGGUGAGCAAGUGAGCAAGCCGGCCGAGGGAGGGGCGAGUGCUUAUUAAUAAACAAGUGUAUUGUGUGGUGUUCCAUUCACGACACUCUCACAGGACGUGGUGGGCCUGAGAUAAUAAAGCUCUGUUUAUGCCACGGAGAGCUGGGGAGGUGUCCGGUGCGGGGUGACAAGGAGCAGGGAAGCCAGGAAUUUUGAUUCCACCCAGGGUAGGGCUGCUGUGUUUUCUCUGAGGCCAGCAUUCAGGGAUAGAAGAUCUUGCUGGGAUUUUGCUGAAGCCUAAGUCUGCCAGCUGGGAUGGCCUGGGGCCUAAGAAAUGCCUAGCUUCCCUCCCUACCUGUCCCCAUGGAGGGAGACUGAGAAGACGCUGGAUGAACCGGACCAUGGCUCCUUCAGGAGAGAGGUUGAUUGGCUUAUGUGCAAUUUGGGACACUGGAGUUUUCCUUCCUUCUGCAGCCUGGAACGGAGUCUCCUCUGGUGUUGAAAGGAGGAGGCUGAAUGAGGCAAAGAAGGUCUCCAGAAGGAUGCCCCUGUCUCCCAGGAUCUCUCACCCUCCCAGAAAGCAAUCACUGGAGUCCAGUUAUAUCUUCUACACCCUCAGUCAGGGUGGAUGGGAGAUGCUGAGCUCUGUGCAAGAGAUCCAGUUAAAGCGGUUCGAGGUGACAAGACCCCGAGGGCUGGGGAACAAGGAGCGGGGCCGGGUGCCAAGGAUGGCCAGGCAACCAGCGCCACCCUGGGUCCACGCAGCCUUCCUCUUCUGCCUCCUCGGUCUUGGCGGAGCCAUCGAAAUUCCUAUGGAUCCAAGCAUUCAGAAUGAGCUGACCCAGCCACCGACCAUCACCAAGCAGUCAGUGAAGGAUCACAUUGUGGACCCCCGUGAUAACAUCCUGAUUGAGUGUGAAGCAAAGGGGAACCCUGCCCCCAGCUUCCACUGGACACGAAACAGCAGAUUCUUCAACAUCGCCAAGGACCCCCGGGUGUCCAUGAGGAGGAGAUCUGGGACCCUGGUGAUUGACUUCCGCAGUGGCGGGCGGCCGGAGGAAUAUGAGGGGGAAUACCAGUGCUUCGCCCGCAACAAAUUUGGCACGGCCCUGUCCAAUAGGAUCCGCCUGCAGGUGUCUAAAUCUCCUCUGUGGCCCAAGGAAAACCUCGACCCUGUUGUGGUCCAAGAGGGCGCUCCUUUGACACUCCAGUGCAACCCCCCGCCUGGACUUCCAUCCCCAGUCAUCUUCUGGAUGAGCAGCUCCAUGGAGCCCAUCGCCCAAGACAAACGUGUCUCUCAGGGCCAUAACGGAGACCUCUACUUCUCCAAUGUGAUGCUGCAGGACAUGCAGACCGACUACAGUUGCAACGCCCGCUUCCACUUCACCCACACCAUCCAGCAGAAGAACCCCUUCACCCUCAAGGUCCUCACCAACCACCCUUAUAAUGACUCGUCCUUAAGAAACCACCCUGACAUGUACAGUGCCCGAGGAGUUGCAGAAAGAACGCCCAGCUUCAUGUAUCCUCAGGGCACUGCGAGCAGCCAGAUGGUGCUUCGUGGCAUGGACCUCCUGCUGGAAUGCAUCGCCUCCGGGGUCCCGACACCAGACAUUGCAUGGUACAAGAAAGGUGGGGACCUCCCAUCAGACAAGGCCAAGUUUGAGAACUUUAAUAAAGCCCUGCGUAUCACCAAUGUCUCCGAGGAAGACUCUGGGGAAUAUUUCUGCCUGGCCUCCAACAAGAUGGGCAGCAUCCGGCACACGAUCUCGGUGAGAGUAAAGGCUGCUCCCUACUGGCUGGACGAACCCAAGAACCUUAUCCUGGCUCCUGGCGAGGAUGGGAGACUGGUGUGUCGAGCCAAUGGAAACCCCAAACCCACUGUCCAGUGGAUGGUGAAUGGGGAACCUUUGCAAUCGGCACCACCUAACCCAAACCGUGAGGUGGCCGGAGACACCAUCAUUUUCCGGGACACCCAGAUCAGCAGCAGGGCCGUGUACCAGUGCAACACCUCCAACGAGCAUGGCUACCUGCUUGCCAACGCCUUCGUCAGCGUGCUGGAUGUGCCGCCUCGGAUGCUGUCACCCCGGAACCAGCUCAUUCGAGUGAUUCUUUACAACCGGACACGGCUGGACUGCCCUUUCUUUGGAUCUCCCAUCCCCACACUGCGAUGGUUUAAGAAUGGGCAAGGAAGCAAUCUGGAUGGUGGCAACUACCAUGUUUAUGAGAACGGCAGUCUGGAGAUUAAGAUGAUCCGCAAAGAGGACCAGGGCAUCUACACCUGUGUCGCCACCAACAUCCUGGGCAAAGCUGAAAACCAAGUCCGCCUGGAGGUCAAAGACCCCACCAGGAUCUACCGGAUGCCUGAGGACCAGGUGGCCAAAAGAGGCACCACGGUGCAGCUGGAGUGUCGAGUGAAGCACGACCCCUCCCUGAAACUCACCGUCUCCUGGCUGAAGGAUGACGAGCCGCUCUAUAUUGGAAACAGGAUGAAGAGGGAAGAUGACUCCCUGACCAUCUUUGGUGUGGCAGAGCGGGACCAGGGCAGUUACACGUGUGUCGCCAGCACUGAGCUAGACCAAGACCUGGCCAAGGCCUACCUCACCGUGCUAGCUGAUCAGGCCACUCCAACUAACCGUUUGGCUGCCCUGCCCAAAGGACGGCCAGACCGGCCCCGGGACCUGGAGCUCACCGAUUUGGCCGAGAGGAGCGUGCGGCUGACCUGGAUCCCUGGGGACGAUAACAACAGCCCCAUCACAGACUACGUCGUCCAGUUUGAAGAAGACCAGUUCCAACCCGGCGUCUGGCAUGACCAUUCCAAGUACCCCGGCAGUGUUAACUCAGCCGUCCUCCGGCUGUCCCCAUAUGUCAACUACCAGUUCCGCGUCAUUGCCAUCAAUGAGGUUGGGAGCAGCCACCCCAGCCUCCCGUCCGAGCGCUACCGAACCAGUGGAGCACCUCCCGAAUCCAAUCCUGGUGACGUGAAGGGAGAGGGAACCAGAAAGAACAACAUGGAGAUCACGUGGACGCCCAUGAAUGCCACCUCAGCCUUUGGCCCCAACCUGCGCUACAUUGUCAAGUGGAGGCGGAGAGAGACUCGAGAGGCCUGGAACAACGUCACAGUGUGGGGCUCUCGUUACGUGGUGGGGCAGACCCCAGUCUACGUGCCCUAUGAAAUCCGAGUCCAGGCUGAAAAUGACUUUGGGAAGGGCCCUGAGCCAGAAUCCGUCAUCGGCUAUUCCGGAGAAGAUUAUCCCAGGGCUGCGCCCACUGAGGUUAAAGUCCGAGUCAUGAACAGCACAGCCAUCAGCCUUCAGUGGAACCGCGUCUACUCCGACACGGUCCAGGGCCAGCUCAGAGAGUACCGAGCCUACUACUGGAGGGAGAGCAGCUUGCUGAAGAACCUGUGGGUGUCUCAGAAGAGACAGCAAGCCAGCUUCCCUGGUGACCGCCUCCGUGGCGUGGUGUCCCGCCUCUUCCCCUACAGUAACUACAAGCUGGAGAUGGUUGUGGUCAAUGGGAGAGGUGACGGGCCUCGCAGUGAGACCAAGGAGUUCACCACCCCAGAAGGAGUACCCAGUGCCCCCAGGCGUUUCCGAGUCCGGCAGCCCAACCUGGAGACAAUCAACCUGGAAUGGGAUCACCCAGAGCAUCCAAAUGGGAUCAUGCUUGGAUACACUCUCAAAUACGUGGCCUUUAACGGGACCAAAGUGGGAAAGCAGAUAGUGGAAAACUUCUCUCCCAAUCAGACCAAGUUCACGGUGCAAAGAACGGACCCCGUGUCACGCUACCGCUUUACCCUCAGUGCCAGGACGCAGGUGGGCUCUGGGGAAGCCGUCACGGAGGAGUCACCAGCACCCCCGAAUGAAGCUACUCCAACCGCAGCUCCUCCCACAUUGCCCCCGACUACCGUGGGUGCGACGGGCGCUGUGAGCAGUACCGAUGCUACUGCCAUUGCUGCCACCACCGAAGCCACAACAGCCCCCAUCAUCCCAACUGUCGCACCUACCACCAUCGCCACCACCACCGUCGCCACAACUACAGCCACUGCCGCCACCACCACCACCACGGAGAGUCCUCCCACCACCACCUCCGGGACUAAGAUACACGAAUCCGCCCCCGAUGAGCAGUCCAUAUGGAACGUCACGGUGCUCCCCAACAGUAAAUGGGCCAACAUCACCUGGAAGCACAAUUUCGGGCCCGGAACUGACUUUGUGGUUGAGUACAUUGACAGCAACCAUACGAAAAAAACUGUCCCCGUUAAGGCCCAGACUCAGCCUAUACAGCUGACAGACCUCUAUCCCGGGAUGACAUACACGUUGCGGGUUUAUUCCCGGGACAACGAGGGCAUCAGCAGUACCGUCAUCACCUUUAUGACCAGUACAGCUUACACCAACAACCAAGCGGACAUCGCCACCCAGGGCUGGUUCAUUGGGCUCAUGUGUGCCAUCGCCCUCCUGGUGCUGAUCCUGCUCAUCGUCUGUUUCAUCAAGAGGAGUCGUGGCGGCAAGUACCCAGUACGAGAAAAGAAGGAUGUUCCCCUUGGCCCUGAAGAUCCCAAGGAAGAGGAUGGCUCGUUUGACUAUAGUGAUGAGGACAACAAGCCCCUCCAGGGCAGCCAGACGUCUCUGGACGGCACCAUCAAGCAGCAGGAGAGUGACGACAGUCUGGUGGACUAUGGCGAGGGUGGCGAAGGUCAGUUCAAUGAAGACGGCUCCUUCAUCGGCCAGUACACGGUCAAAAAGGACAAGGACGAAACAGAGGGCAACGAAAGCUCAGAGGCCACGUCACCCGUCAAUGCCAUCUACUCUCUGGCGUAACAGAGCCCACCCAGGCACAGCCACCACUUUGCAAGUGGGAGGAGGGGAGAGGGGGAGAUGAAGCCACGGCAGACCUACCACAAAGCCACCACCACCUUCAGGGACAAGGGUACGAUAUGGGGGUCUGCCAAGCUGUGAGGACCAGUAACCACCAAGCCACCCACAAGCCCCCUCCCAAUGAUCCCCCCUUCAGCCCCGGGUGCCACCAGUGUGGGGGAGCUGGAGCCGUGGCUGAGCUCAGCUGGAGGGAGCCUGGUCCCUCUCCCCGUCUCACAGCCACCCCGAGCGUUCCACCACUGCCCGCCGUGGCCUCGGCGCACGCUCCCCGUUUCUGUUGGUCACGGGACUUCUCAUUGUCUUAAUUUCGCUUUGUGCAUCCUUCCCCUCCCCAGACCCAAUGUCUCAGAUUUUUUUUUUUUUCCUUUUGAAAAAGUGUCCCUGGAAAAGAAAGAAUAAGUGGAUUCUGCCCCAGGAGACUGCAAAGUUAGGCAAAAAGGAUUGAUCCAUACCAGAACACGUAGACAGGCUGUAGUAUUCUAACCAACCUCUGGGCCAAUGCGUUUCCGAAGGAUGCCUUUCUCGCCAUAUGCCUCCCCCGGCCCCCAACCCCUCUGCCUUGGCCUUGUCAGUUGCUGAGCUGGGCUUGGCUUCUUUCUGGAAAAUGACAGUAUUUUUGGCAGGGAGAAGGUGUGCAGGCCUCUUUGCUGCUCUCUGGUUCGGCUGGGAGGUGCGUUUACCUCUUGCUCCUCCUUCCCCACCCCCCUUCUCUGGAGUAUCUAAGAUGUGAACUGAAGGAGUUUGAGGAACAGGAGUGGGCACUGAUAGAAAGGACUUUGACGCCAGUGACUGUGCACCUCAAGCAGAAGAAAAUCAGGUGUCUGGUCUCGGGGGAACUGUGCCUACCUCAAGAGAGAAGAAAAAGGCUGGGUUUGGACUUCCUUCCUCCCCACUGGUGAAACCCAGGAUGUAGAUAGAGGGCUACACCCACUCUGUCCAGAGUAGAGGGCACCUGUCCAUGUGGCGGGGCCCAUGCUGCCACCCUCAAGGAGAUGGAACCCUGUGAUGCAAAAGCUUUGCUGGUAUGUUUGGGGCAUAAGGCACUGCCCCCUCUUCUGUCUCUAGCAGAUAUCAUCUUCUCAGCCAGUUCUGUAGGAUACCGAGGUUCUUGUUUGACGCGGUGUGUGGAUGGGGACUUGCCCGAGACUGAGCCGGUCUGCCCUUUCAUUGGAGUAUAUACAUAUCAGGGGACCCUGAGGUGGCACCGUGCUCAGUGCUGUGAUGCCCCCGCCUGGGGAGGACUCAAUGCUCUUCGUAUGCCUUAUGCAGCGCUGAUCUGUCCCUGGAGUUCCCAGGUUCCCAGCCCCUCCCUGCAAGCCUUGAAGCCUCCAGCAACGUCUGUCUCCAGGAGAGCAGGGCAGCCUAUGCAAGUGUUCCGGCAGGACCAGAAAUGGCCACUCAACACACGUCCUCACGUCACCCCAAACGGAGACACUCGCAGACCUGCAGUUCUCAGACCGAAGGUGCUGCCUUCAUCCUCCCUCCCCACCUAAUGCAUUUUUGAAACCAAAGGUACCUAGCAUCAGAGACAGAGAAGAGGGGGAGAUCUUGAGUCUAAGAGGAACCCUUUAGCUGUUUCUGUAGCUCAGGUCAGUUUCAGGAGGGUGAAGCUGAUUCCCAGGAACGGAUCAGCUGCCACAGGCACAGCCUCCCAUUUGAGCCUCCAGCUGCUAGCCAGGGGGCCUGGGCCGGACCAGGGCUCUGUCCUUCAGUGACUUUAUUAAAGCAUCAUUUGCCACAUGUUUAAGCCGCAAAGGUAUUAGCAAUGCUUGCAUCAUUAAUCAUCAUUCAGCUGAAGGUUGAGCCGGUAGACACAUACUCUCUGUCUGCUGGUAAGGAACCGUAGCCCAGAACUGAGCCAAUAAGAUUGAACCUGAGAGUGUGUGAUGGUCAUUUGGGCCAAGCCCCAGCCAGGGCUGCUGCCUGGGUGCCUGAGGGGCAGCUUAUUACAGUGCAAGGGGACAGGGUAAACAGCAGGGGGUGGGGCGUGAGCUUGGAGGGCCCUCCCCUCGCUUCCCUCCAACACCUGCUUGGAUACUAAGCCUAGUGUCCCUGAAGGGAAUGCCAGGGAAGUGUGCCUGUGAGCUGAAUUAAAGGACUGGGCAUUUCCCGAAAACUCUUUGGAUCUGAGCAGAGUAGUCAGUUUCUCAGACACUCACUCCAUACUGCACCGUACAUGCCAGUGAACUCACUGCACCGAAAGCAGGCUCUUAGGGACGGUGAGAAAGUCUGCCACACCACCUGGUGACUGGGAAGGGCUGCUUCCCUCGUCAGGGUCUCGGGGAGAAGCGAACCCACAGCCUUUGCACCUUGUUCCAGCGUCAUACUAGGCUCUGUACUGUCCUUUGUAUAUGAAGAAAAUGUUAUUGUGGGUGCUGAGGGCUGCCCCCCAUCACCACACAGUCCCACCCUUCAGAACAGGAGAAAAUUUGAGGUUGAAGAAUUAAGUUUUCGCUGAGCAAGGAAGGCAGGUGGUCUGAGAGAUCAAAUGCUGAGGCGUGGGGAUUGCAGGAUUCAAGAGGCAGCACCUUUGAGGAAGAGGAGGGUGCAUUUUCCAUGGAGCCCAUGUCAGAGUCCAGCCCAGCUCAGCAGGAUAGCAGCACUCCCUGCCAGCUGGGUCUCCCAAGCAACUACCCCAAGACAUACCAACAAUGAAGGCAGGACAGCACCAUGCCAUCAGCACUCCGUCCUGUCUGGCUGGGAGGAAAGAGUGCUGGAUAUCUUGCCAUGACUCCAGAAGUUCGGUUGACUGGCCUGCAAUCCCAUCUGUGUGCUCAGCUCUAAGAGCUGUGGUUUCCUGUGCUUUCAUUUGUCCAUCCAUCCAUUCAUUCAGCAAAUACCCUGAAAUCCAGUCUGAACUAAGGCCUGAGACUUGGAUACCAUGGCACGUGAGUUAGAUGUGGUCCCUGCCCUCAGGGGGCUGACAGUCCUGAAAUCAAGUGCUGGGACACAGUGGUCAUUGGGUUGGGAGCAUCCUUCCCUCUAUUGCUUAAGCCACUGAUGGCUACAAGAUUGAAGGGAAGGAUUCUGAGGGAGAGCUUGGUCCAUCUGGUCACCAAAGCUGGGCAGAACAGGGCAGUCAGGAACCACGUGUGGCUUGAGAAACAGUCCUGCUUCCUGAGCCUCUUGACUCUGCCUCUUGGGGCAAGCUCUUCCACCUGUCUGUAUUUUUAUGCCUCACUCAGUCCCUCCUUGAAUACCUCUUUCCAUAGAGAGUCAUGGGCUCCCUGAAGGAGUGUCAAGGCCAGGGUUAGGGAGGUACAUGGCCAUGGGUCGGGGACAGCUGCCUCUCACCUUGCCUGGGUGAGGGUGAAUGGGAUUCAUCUUUCCCUGCCUUGCUUUUGAGGAGACGGCUGAAUUUAAGCUAACAGGAAAGCCAAAGCAGCACCCUCCUUUGUGCUCUGAGAGGCUGGAGACAUCUGGUCUACCUCCCCACCCCCACCCCUGGCAAGUCAUGAAGUCUGGAGAAGUGACCACAGGUCUGGAAGUCAGCCAAUGCCAACAUUGCUUGCCCUGCAAGGUGCAUCUAGGCCCACAGAAUGCAUUCGUAGUUUCCCUGGCCACAGCCUUGGGAAGAGGGUGGAAACACCAAGGAUGUGUGGGUUUCCCAGCUAAGGGACAAGCUCCCCUGCCCCACCCGGCGCCCAUGCACGCUCGCACACGUACAGCAGACCGCAGCCCUGUUGUCAGCAGUGCUUCCCAGGGAUAGCAAUCCAGAUUCCGACAUUGUCCUGGAGAGGGUUAGUCCACAUCCAGGUUGUGUGAGAUGAGAUGCAAAGGGCUCUGUGUGGGUGUGGAACGCAACUUAGAGGAGCUGGAGAGGCCACCUGGGUUGGGCCCUAUUUAGGUCAUUGCUGUUGGCGGCACCUAGAGAGAGCAUCCAAGCCGAAGGAGUGGGGAACUUUGCCCCAGCAACGGCACAGGCAGCAGGCUCUUUCUGGCACCCUGUGCUGGAGCAGGGCCAAGUCUUAGGGCAUCACAAACAACCCGUCUGAUGGAAGGAGCAGGGACAUAGCACAUUUUUGUCUUCGUGAGGCUGCUUUGCUAACUCUCUGAGGAGAGGAAGCCUCUUAGGCUUUCCAUCGGCUGGGGCUGAUGCCAGAGAAUCUCUUUUGUGAGGGGGCAACCGGUUCCCGGGAGGCCGGCACAGGGCACCACUCCCCACUCCUGAUGCCUUGGUGCAGAGUGACCUCCCACCCAGUCACCACUCCAGCCAGCCCCAGACAAACACACACAAACCUGUGGUUGUGGUUGGGUCUACCCCGUUAGCUGGCAAAGGGUCCUGCUUGAGCUCUGCGUGGUGGCUGAGGAGUAGCAUAGAGGAACGCCCUGAUUUUUAAAAAGAAUGGGACUCAAACCAAUGAAGCAAAGAGCUUGACGUGUCAGGAGGAGACCAGGGCCCUGGGAGGUGUAGACAAGCUGGGGAAAGUCAGACCAGCGCCCUCCCUUCACCUAGAAGGGGCUACCCUAUGUGAGUUCAAGCCAGACCAUGUGGCUGUCCCCAGCCUGCCCAGCGCAAGCCCAGGGAAGUGUCCUUUCUUUCCUUUCCUUACUAAUAAUGGGCCUUCCUGAGACACAUUCAGAGAAGGAUCAGAGGGAAAGGAGAACCAUCCAGGAGAGCCACAAGCGCCCACCAAAUAGUGUCAAGCCUCACCUGAAACUGAUGUUCCUCCUAUCAGCAUGCUAGUAUUAAAUGGGUGUUCCAUAAUGAGAAGAAUGGAAAUGAAAUAGGUACGAAGGCAUCUCACUUAGGACAGAAUCAGAUUUCAGCACGUGAAGGAAUCCCAAAGCUGAUCUCAUUGAAAUGAUUUAUGGUACAGACAAGGAUAUGCACAUCCGCAGAGGUGAAGAGAUGUUUGCUCAAGAUCACAUAGCUGGUGUACUAAGGUAAGGUUAGGGCUUGAGCCUGGGCCUUCUGACUCCUUGUCCAGUGUUCUUUCCUCUCACCACAGCUGCCUCCUUUGAAACAGAGGUAUUAAGAUCUGUCCUUCCGGCUCACCCUCUCAGACCUCUUUACUGCCUCUCCUGCAUCCCCCAUAUGCCUCCCAAAAUGAAAGACAAACAGGAUUUUUUCAGGGUCCAAGAUCAGUCUGUCUGUGAUCAGCCUGUUUCACCCAGCUGUGCAGAUAAGGGCAGAUCAGGGCCAGUGGAAUAGAAUAGCUGAUUGGUGUUUGUUACUGUGAACAUUAGACCAUACCCCUAGAACGGUGUCUCUUGCUUUGUAACACAUCGGGCCUUCAGCUUGCUGUAUUUCUCAGAAGCGAGGGCAUCUCUGUCCAUUCUGCCCAUGGCCACAGGGUGCAGAGAGGCAGCAGGGCCCAUGCAAGCCUGCCACCCUGGGAUUGCCUGGGCUGGAGUUCAGCAGACAUCAAGACUUGUGAAGCAAUAAACACAAAACUCUGGGAGAAGAUAUCCAGAAUUUUGUGCACUACUCUGUUUCUUUUUCAAAAAGGAGGCAGAUCAGAUGGCCCUGAGCUGCCCCUUUUUUCUGAUUCCCAAUGGCAAUGUCCUCAGUCAGUGUUGUCCCUCUGCCCAGCUCCCCAGCUCUUUGCCAACUUCUUCACACUCCUCUUGAGCUGAGCAUCAGUCGCCUGGGACAUGGCCACCUUCUGUCCUGCUCCCACUCCCGACCCGUGCUGGACCCCGGAGGACCUCCUGCCCUGCCCCCAACACACACCCAUAUCCCUCACCAUUCCAAUUUGUUCUUUUCCAUGGGGAAGUUUUUUCCCUAGUGUCUCCAUCCCUUCCUACGUGUCCACACACACACACAAAUUGGUCUGAUCUUUUUUCCAUUGGUUAAACAUUUAACUCCGUGCCAGACCUUGUUUUAACCCCUCUCACAUCAUGUUCUUUCCUUUUUUGCGAGUUAUUUUGCAUUAACCAACUUUGUCAGUGACAGAUGCGUAUCUGAGGGUGUCACGCACAACCUUCAGCAGGGAAGACUUCUGGGCCAUGGAGGACCGUCUAAUACAUGGACUUAUAAACUGACUGCAUGAGCAAUGAAAAGGCCAAAUUAUUCUGAAUUUUUUUUUUUGAAUCACUGUAAAAAAACUGAUUUCUUUUGUAUAGAGAACACUAAAAGUAUAAUAAAAGUUGUUCAAAAUGGA